AUGGGUAGUUCCACCGAGGAGCCAAUCGAUCUCACACUUGACUCUGACGACGAACCCGGCCCUACACUUGCACCUUCAGGUUCUUCGAAAAUGGUACCGGGGUUUUUACCUGCCGGCAAUUUCCGACCCUCUUCCUCGUCGAUCCCGCAAUUUCAGGGCACAUCUACAUCUGUGUCUGGGUUCCAGUUACCCAACAGCCGACCGAAGCCAAGCCUACCGAAGUUUGAGCCUUGGUCUCCGUAUGCGACUAUACAUGACGAUUCGGCAAACCCAAACACUACGUCAUCAAGCGGACCGCGUAACGGCCAUAUUCCUGUAUUCACCGCUGCCACACCAGCAGAGGAAGCAGAUGACUUUGCGAUACCUCAGGCAGAAAAGAGAAGGAAAAUAUCUGGACCGCCACUAGGAGCUGAAUUCAAUUUACCUGGGCCAGCUCGACGGAGGAUUGGACCGAAACCAAAAUAUUAUGGAGUGAAGGUUGGGCAUAUUCCUGGCGUAUAUACGGAUUGGGAUACGGCCAAAGCCCAGAUCGUAGGAUGCAAAAAGUCCUCACAACAGCGCUUUGAGACGAGAGAGGAAGCACAGGCCUUUAUAGAUGGGAGACUAAGCCCAAAUCCCAAAUUCGACCCAAAUCGCGUAGAGUUACCUCCUUGGAACGGCGGCGCACGCCCAUCUUCUUUGAAUUCGCUAGUAACAACCCCCACAAACAGUGCUGAUGGCAAGCAAGCAUCUGCGACGUCUCCGGCCAUUGGUACACAGUCAGUCGGCGGUCGGCCUCCAGAUCCGACCAUGAAGCUUAGUACAAACGGAUUGCCCUCGGUCCAGUCUUUGAAUACUGUGUUGAAGACAAACGGCGCCAGUAUGCCAUUUGCAGGAAACAAUGAAGCCUCACGAACCCUUCGUGAACUGCAAUUCGGACGGCUUUCCGAUGCGGUCAACGAAGCGAAUAAAUCUGGAUCCAAGGGAAUCGCCAUCGCUCAGAGCUCGGCUGGUGAAACAAUAAUGGACCAAAACACCUCCUUCCCGGCUCGACAGGGUACAUCCGUCCAAAUUAUGUCAGAGACCAAGAACGGGUUGUCGAAAGAUGAGGAUACUACCGUCGAGGAUCCCUUCACCAUGCUGUUGGAAGACGAUAUAGUUUCUGAAUUACUUCGACAAGCACCUGCUAACGACAAAGUGGCUUUGCUGCUGAAGGCACACCCAAGGGGUCAAUUAAUCGCGCGAACCAUCCCAACGUCACCUCUCCAAACAAGUCUCAAUCGGAAGCGCCGUGGGCGGCCAUCUUUACGAGAUACCAGGAGUCCUCCGGCCGUGUCACCGAGUGAGCGCGACAGUUUAUUCUCGGUCCCAGACACGCCCACCAGUGGUGAUGCCGUGCAUACGCACAAUACGGUCAGCAAUUUGCCUACAGCACAUGGCGUUGUCGCAACCGUUGAAAAGCCGUCAGCAUCCAAAACGUGGAUGGGCGGACUUUCUGAAGCUGAAGCGCACCUUUUGAUCUUUCUUAAGGAAGUUAAGAAACUUAAGUGGACCGAAAUCACAGCAAGGUUUCAAGAACACUAUCCUGAUCGGGCGUACAGUACACUGCAAACAAACUAUUCUCAAAAGAUUAAUCGCCGCGACAGAUCGCACGAUCCUUCAACCUUAAUACUGCCGUCUAUGUACGCCUCAGAAGCUCACAUUGACUGGGCUAAAAUCCAUUCAAAUCCAAGGAAUGAUCACGCAGGGCGGAAGCGGGAAGUAAUCUCUUUGCAAGAAGAGCCUCAACAUCGAGCCUGGUCUGCCGUUGUUGGUUCACUUCAAGACCAGUCAUCCGGUGCUGAGUCGGCAAGCCAUCACACGCGUCCUCGACGAGCAGUGCCCAAGAAAAAUUAUACUUGGCCAAAAAGGAACGCAUUGGUCGCGGACGAUGAUGACUUCGAUACGCUGGGGCCAACGGAGGAGAAGCUCAACGUGUCUGAAACACCGGAAACAACUGUCCCAGCACCAGAAAAGGCUAUUGCCAUCGAUAACGAAAGCGUCUCGAUUGACUUUGACGGGGAUGAUGCUUUCUCCGCUCUUUCUUUACACAAAGGGGAAGCAAGCAUAGAGCAGCUGCCAUUUCUCUCCUCAUCGCAACGAUCAGAUCUCCAAAACGUACCCUGUGGAUAUGAGUGGGACCAAUUAAUUAGUCGCGACUGGCAAGGUACUCUAAUACAUGCGGAUUUCAGUCCCACCGAACUCAAUCUUGUGGAGAGCACGAUGACGCACUUGUUAGGCCCUCAACGAGAUCUACGUUUGCGGAGUCGGCGGAAACGACUUGGGCGAAUGUUGCGUGGGUUGUCGGAACCCAAACUUUUGCAAUUAGCUAGCGCACUCCGCUCAAAACUGCGUUCGCGAGAUCGACGAAGUAUCGAUGCGUUUCUCCGAGAUGCAAAACAGGACAAAAUCCGUUGCGAUGCCCCUCGCAUUGAGAGGCUGGCAGCAUCAAGGCCCACCAAGUCAUUCAGCUCAGACGCGAAGUUGUCCACGUCCGCUAUGAUAAGAAGACGCGAACUUGGCAUUCAGUCGCACCGUGGAUGGAGUUCGGCGACAGCACCGAUUCCAUACCACUUGAAGAACAAGGUGCAGGACUCCCUCGGACCUGUCUGCUCCUACACAGGUGCAGCAGGCGAUGUACAUGCUGUCGCUUGGUCUGUCGACGGGGAAUGCUUUGCCGCUGGUGCCAUAUGUGUUAGUGACGAUCAUUCUAUGCAGUACAACCGAUCGAAUAAUCUCUUAUAUGGCGAUGUUUCUCGCAACACUAUCAACGAACUAGGGAAGCACUACGAUCCGCGACCGAAAACAGAUACGGGCCCGAACUCGACCCAUGCAAUGUAUGUUUCGCAGGAUCCAAAACUAUUCAAGACAGUCGAAUCGGUCGCUUUCUCUCCAAAUGGAAGGUACAUGUUCUCUGGUGGAUGGGAUCAUAAUGUGUGGGUUUGGAAGACAAGAUACGACGGGUCGCAACCGACUGAUAUUGUCUCUUUGCGUCACAAAGCCGAAGUGACCCAUAUGGCCGUCAAUGCUUCGGGCGUGCUGGCGACCGGUACCAAGAGAAACAAGGGCAACACCGUAAAGGUGUUGAACUUAUAUGACGAUGAUCUGACACAAUCGCCUGAUACGACUAGCUUCAGCUCCGAGAAAGCCGCCGCUCGACCUGACCUUUUAAUCCGGCCAAUGGCGCUCCACUUCUCGCCCAGGUACGAGAACCUUCUGCUGGGGGGUUUUGGCGCCAAUGCACGCCAAGAUGGAAGAGACAUGAGUGGAGACAUCUGCUUAUGGGACAUCAAUGCGAACAAGCAACUCAACAUAUGGGGUUCGGGAAAGAAUGUAUAUGACUUAUCCUUUCAUCCAAGGGAACGCUGGAUGGCGGUCGCGACUGUAGCAGGUCAGAACACCAAUCGAGGAAUGCGUUCGACUGUCCGAUUAUACACUGAACAAGGGAAUGCCAUGGACGACAGAUUCAGCACCCUCAUGGAGCUUGAAUGCCGAGCGCUGGAUAUCAAUGAUGUUGUGUGGUGUCCUGGGAAUAACUACUUAGUCGCUGCUGGAUGUACAAGUGGACGAGCAUACGUAUGGGAUAUUCGCAACCCGAACCACUUAUUGCGUGAGCUCGCCCAUGGCAACUCCCUUAUGCCUCUCGAGGAGGGCGUCGAUCCCGAAAUCUCAGACACCGGCAUUCGUUUCCUCAGCUGGGGCGAUAACGCCACACGGCUUUACAGUGGAUCGUCUGACGGUGUAGUCAAGGUCUGGAACGUGGCGCGUUCAGAAGAAGAGACAUUCGUUAAGGAUCUUGCUACGUUCGACUCUGGCGUUAUGUCCGGAGCCUUUAGCCCGGACCAUAGCCGACUCUUGCUGGGUGAAGUCAACGGGUCCAUCAACGUUCUUGAAGUUGGCCGAGACGACUGUUCUCUUAGGGAUGCAGAAAGGAUGAAGUUCAUUCCGUACAAAGACAAUGAUCCCGAUUACGAGACACAGUAUCCACCACUUGCAUCCGCAGCUGCCGACUCUGGGAUCGCCGCUGCCAAAGAGCUUAUUGAGACCGGCCAAAUGACGAUCACGCCUAUGGGAGGAUUGCCUGUCAAACAAGCGGUGCAAGGCCCAUUAUAUGCCGGACCCUACGACGCGAGUGUGGACGCGCCCUUCCUCCGCGAACAAGCAUUAGAAUCGCAACUCAAGUUUUCCGAAAGGCCAGAAUCUCCUUGCUCGCUAUGCCUCGGCCCUGGAUCGGAUCCUAUGAAGAUCACGAGCGAGGAGAUUGGCGAUUCUGGCCGGAGCAAGGACCGCAUUCCUGAUGAGCUGCGCUUGCAAUGGGAAGCUGGAACGGUAAACCUUAAGAUGCCACCAGGGAAAAUUCCUUGCUCACGGUGUGGGCGUGCUGCUCAUCCUUCCGACUAUGUAAACUAUGAUGGCAGACCGUUCUCGCCUGUAUGUGUUCGCUGCGACUUCUCAUGCCCACGAUGCGAUCAUUACGGGCAGCUUCCUCACAAGACUGACGUCUUUGACUGCCUCAUGUGCGGUCGGACGUGGGAACUUGGAGCUUUGGGUUUCGACCUCGUCAAAGACGGCUCCCCCACCAGCUAUGAAGCUCUUCUCAGAUCUCAAGGGCGCGCCGUGGACGAAAGCCACGACAUCCCAAAGCUCGACGGCUACAAGAAAGAUUUGUAUCUGGCAAAGCUAGAAGCGGAGUCCUCGCCAGGUGACGAUGGCGGAAGCUUCGGGGACGAAAUGAAUGCGUUGACGGACUACUACUUCUCGUUGGCGAUUGACCGACCGGAGUCACCGUCGCUCUGA